AUGUGGAAAUAUGGACAGAAUCAGGGCAACCAGGGUGCUGCGGGCGGUGGAGGCGGACCAAACAUGAUGCCCAUGGGCGGUUUCGUACAAGGUGGCGGUGCUGGUAUGCCGCACGGCAACAUGAACAUGCAACAAAUGCAUAUGACGCCGCAGCAACAACAACAACAACAAAUGAACAUGAUGGGACCGGGACCCGGCGGCAUGCAAAUGAAUCCUGGUGGGCCACCUGGUCUUAUGCAAGGCAUGUCGCCACAACACCCGAUGCAACAACAGCAGCAAAUGAUGCAGGGUGGAGUCGGCGUUGGUGUCCCUAUGUCCCAACAAGCAGCAGCGAUGCAGCAACAUCUGAUGGGAGGUCCUCAAGGAGUUGGCAUGGGUGUGGGUGGUCCACAGCAGCAGCAGCAACAACAACAGCAGCAAGCUCAGCAACAGCAUCAGCAGCAACAACAACAACAAUCGAAUCCUCAACAACAGAAUGUACCUGGAGGUGGCGCCGCUGGUGGCGGUACCGGCAAUAACAUGUUGGCAAUUUCUCAGCCAAAUCCGCAUAAGGAAAUAAACAUUGUGCAACUUUCGCGGUUGGGUCAAGAGACUGUGCAGGACAUUGCAUCGCGCUUCCAGGAGGUAUUCUCUGCGUUGAAGAACAUCCAGCCGACGUCACAUCGUGAGAACAGUACGGAGAAAAAAGUGCAAGAAUACUUUCGAACAAUACGUUUACUUUUCAAGCGUGUGCGCAUCAUAUACGAAAAGUGCAACGACGCGGGCAUGGACUACAUGAAUGCUGAGAGCCUAAUACCCUACAAGGAUGAGCCGGAUUUACGCAUUGAGCCUUCGCAUUGCGAUGAAUAUCGGAAGGUGGUUUCGGAAAAUCAGGAACUCAUUGAAACAGUUAAGCUUAAGAACCGACAAUUGCGCGAAAUUAUUGAUAGAACGCGUAUUAUCAUAUGGGAGAUAAAUACCAUGUUAGCCAUGAGGCGAUCGUAGAGUAGUUCUUUAUCAAUAAAUAAAUUAUCGCAAUUUAAAAA